GAUUCUUUCACAAUUUAGUUGUAUCUAGAUCUCAGUGCUUUUCCCAAGUUUGAAAGUAAAAUCUUACCAAUGUUACGAGGAAUAAGUCGGACAAAGUUUAGAAGCAUUGUCAUGUUAAUCUCUGUAGUUAUAUUACUGAAAAAUAUAUUGACGUUUUUACGUCACACGUCACGGCAUACUGACGUCGUUAGGAAACCCAAAUUGGGUAAUAGUUUUACAAGUAAUGUUUCAAAACCCAACAUUUUGUUUAUCCUUGCGGAUGACUACGGAUAUAAUGACAUUGGAUACCAUGGAUCCGAAAUAAAAACACCAAAUUUGGAUAAACUUGCGAUGUCAGGAGUGAGGUUAGAGAACUAUUACGUACAACCAAUCUGUACACCAACACGAAGUCAGCUACUUACAGGCAGAUAUCAGAUACAUACCGGCUUACAGAGCGGUGUAAUUUGGCCCACGGAACCUAGUAGUAUACCAUUAGAUAGCAAAACUAUCGCCGACAAGUUAUCGGAUGCCGGCUACUCUACACAUAUGGUUGGAAAAUGGCAUCUCGGGUACCACAAACGGGAAUAUCUCCCCACAAGACGUGGCUUUCACAGUUUCUUUGGUUUUCUAAAUGGCCACAACGACUAUUUUUCGUACCAAUCGAGAUACAAGACCUACAAAGGCUUUGAUCUAAGGGAGAAUGAGGAUCCGGCAGAGAUGAAGAAAUACCAUGGAAAGUAUUCAACUCAUGUACUUACUGAAAAAGCUAUAGAUAUCUUCAAGCAAGACAGAACGGGAAAGCCGUUCUUUGUAUAUCUAGCAUUCCAAGCUCCACAUACACCAUUACAAGUUCCAGAAUAUUACUUGAACCAGUAUAAACACAUACAGCAGACUCCUGGCAGGAAAACUUAUGCAGCUAUGGUUUCGUGCAUGGAUGAGGGCGUGGGAAACAUUACUCGAGCUCUGAAAGAUCUCGGAGUCUGGGAUAACACAUUACUAAUCUUCUCAUCGGACAACGGAGCAGAAUAUGGAUCCGGCAGUAACAGACCUUUGAGAGGAUUUAAGGGCAGCUACUGGGAGGGUGCUAUCAAAGCGGUGGGAUUUGUGCAUGGAAAACUUCUCAAUCAUGAGUUGAUAGGAUCUGUAUCAAAGGAAUUACUUCAUGUGACAGACUGGUUCCCGACGCUUGUUAAUCUUGCGGGCGGUGACUUCAAUGGAACCAAACCUCUUGAUGGGCACGAUCAAAGGGAAUGUAUUUUUGAAGGCAAAUCAAGCAAACGAAAAGAAAUAUUAAUAAAUAUUGACCCAGUAGUGGUUGCACCAGGCCGUCCAUUAUUCAACAAUACAUUUGAUACAACAAUUAGUGCAUCAAUAAGACUGGACAAAUGGAAACUUCUCACAGGUACUACAAAAGGCGGGCCCAGUCGAAGACCACGUAACCCAAACCUUUGGUUAAUGAAUAUCGAGAAAGAUCCUCAUGAACUCGAGGAUUUAUCGGACCAGUACCCAUCACUUGUACAGUACAUGUUAAAACGAUUACAAUAUUACCAAAGCACAGCCGUACCUGUUGUGAAACCACGACAAGACACUAUGGCGGAUCCUGCCCUUCUCGGUGGAUUCUGGGGACCUUGGCUGGACGAGUAGGACAGAAUAUAUCCAACUAAAUAUAUUCUCAUGUGAUUUGGCCAUAUAAAAACAUCAAAAAGGUUGCAUACGUACAUAAACACCAAACUGAAUUAACGAAUGAGUUUAGAACUUAAUUGUCAUAGUAUUAACAACAUAUUUUAUAACGUUUAUACAAACGACAUAUGAGGGGCCUCCGUGGCCAAGUGAAUAAUGUCGCCGACUUUGAAUCACUUACCCCUCACCGAUGUGGGUUCGAGCAUUGCUCGGGGCGUUCAAUUUUUCAUGUGAGGAAGACGUCCAGCUGGCCUACGGAGGUAUGUGAUUCUAACCAGGUGUCCGCCCGUGAUGAAAUGAUGCACGGAGGGCCCCCAGGGGUCUUCCGUCGCCAUCAAAACUAGAAAGUCACCGUAUAACCUAUUAUUGUGUCGAUGUUGCGUUAAAGUCAACAAAACAGAAAGAAGCAAAACAAACGACAGACGAGCCGCACCAUGAGAAAACCAACAUAGUGCAUUUACGACCAGUAUGGGCGCAGUUUGGUCAGGAUCCAUGCUGUUCGCAAAUGCACUAUGUUGGUUUUCUCAUGGUGCGGCUCAAUAUUAUGUGUUUCUCUAAUUGCAAUAGGCUUUGAAAGCGAACAACAUGGAUGCGCAGGCUGGUCUGGAUCCACGCUGGUCGCAAAUGCACUAUGUUGGUUUUCUCAUGGUGCGGCUCAAUAUUAUGUGUUUUUAUUGUUAUGUAUUUUUGCAGUGUUUUGUAUGAACAAAUUACGAUCUUGGAUAAAGAAAUGUCCUGUGU